AUGUCCACGGAAUAUCGAAAACGAAUUAUCAAAACUUCUGACCCUGACAAUGAAGUAUUUCGCAAAACUCGGAAUAUUGAUAAUAUCAACUCUUCCAGAUGCUCAAAAGCAGAGAGGAACGGCACGGUUGAGUCACCAAACAGAUUGGCGUUAAUAAAACCAGCACCGUAUAGUGACGAUCCAGAAGUCAUUGCGCAACGAGCAUGUAUUGAUUAUUCGCAAAAAAUUACCCUUGAAAUGGCGAGGAGCGGCAAAGCUGGGCGCCCCGUGCGUGUUUUUGCUGACGGUGUCUAUGAUCUCUUUCAUUAUGGUCAUGCCAAUCAACUACUUCAAGCAAAAUGUGCUUUUCCAAAUGUAUAUCUUAUUGUUGGAGUAUGUGGUGAUGCGGAAACUCUUAAAUAUAAGGGCCGUACAGUAACAUCUGAAAAUGAGAGAUAUGAAGGUGUACGCCAUUGUCGUUACGUUGAUGAAGUCUACAGAAAUGCUCCAUGGUUUUGCACUGUAGAGUUUCUAAAAAACCUGAAGGUUGACUUUAUAGCGCACGACGCGAUACCAUAUGUUGCGCCUGGUGAUGCAGAUCUUUACGAGAAAUUUCGGCGAGAAGGUAUGUUUAUUGAGACGCAACGGACGGAAGGCGUUUCAACUAGUGAUGUUGUAUGUCGAAUAAUUCGUGAUUACGACAAUUAUGUGCGCCGUAAUUUGCAACGUGGUUAUUCAGCUAAGGAUCUCAAUGUUGGAUUUCUUGCUGCUAGACGUUAUCAGCUGCAGAAUCAGGUUGACCAACUGAAACAAAAAAGUUUGGAAGUUAUAAAGACAUGGCGUAACAGAAAAGAUGACUUUAUUCGUGGUUUCUUGGAAACAUUACAAAAAGAUGGCGGAAUCGGUUUUAAUAUUGUUGGUAGUAGGUUGAGAACGCUUGUUUCACGUAGCCCGUCUCCAUUAGAGUAUGAAGAGCAAGCGGAAGAGGACACUGUGGAUGCAGCUUCAUGCUGUGAAACGUCUUCAACAACUAGUUUUGCAAGUGCCAAGAACGAAGCGUACUAA